CCUAUCAGUGCCAGUCAGUGCUGCCUAUCAGUGCCACCUAUCAGUGCCCAUCAGUGCCUCCUCAUCUGUGCCCAUCAGUGCAGCCUAUCAGUGCCCAUAACUGCAGUCUCAUUAGCGCACAUCAGUGAAGGAGAAAAAUCACUUAUUUACAACAUUUUAUAACAGAAACUAAGAAAAACCUAUUUUUUUUAAAUUUUCAGUUAUUUUUGGUUUGUUUAGCAAAAAAUAAAUAACCCAGAGGUGAUUAA